UCUCUCUGUAGCGCUGAGUUUCAGCGUGUCUCUCUGUGUGUAUGUCUCUGAGUCUCUGCCUCCUUGUGAGUGUCUCGCUCUUCUUAGCGGGGAGGGGAUUGGUCACGCAUGACUCAUCUUGAACGGAGCGGGGCUCCAGCGGCAGGGCGGUCGUCGCCGCAGCUGGAAGGGGAGGAGGACGAAGAGGAGGAGGAGGAAGAGGAGGAGGAGGAAGAGGAGGAGGAGGCAGCAGCGGCAGCCGCAAAGGCAGCUGCAGGGACCUCUCCAAGUUUGUCGGGACCUUCUUCGGAGGAGGCAGUGGCGCCGGCAGCCAGGGAGGCCGGGACUGCGUUCAGGCCGGGGGCGGGGGCUGAGGCUGGGCCCCGGGCUGCGGGGCCCGAGCCUCUGCUCUCCAGCUCUCUCAGCAGCCUCUGCCCCCAGGGCGCCCGAGGCCCCCCUCCGCGCCGCUCGCGGUGCUGUGCGCCCGCAGAGCCCUCCGCUUCCGUGCCGAUGUACUGGAAGCAUGAGAGCGCCGCCCCGGCACUGCCCGAGGGCUGCCGCUUGCCGGCGGAGGGCGGCCCCGCCACUGACCAGGUGAUGGCCCAGCCAGGGUCCGGCUGCAAAGCGACCACCCGCUGUCUUGAAGGGACCGCGCCGCCUGCCAUGGCUCAGUCAGACACCGAGGCCCUGGCAGGCGCUCUCGACAAGGACGAAGGUCGAGCCUCCCCAUGUACGCCCAGCACACCGUCUGUCUGCUCGCCACCUUCUGCCGCCUCUUCCGUACCGUCUGCAGGCAAGAAUAUCUGCUCCAGUUGCGGUCUCGAGAUUCUGGACCGGUAUCUGCUCAAGGUCAACAACCUCAUCUGGCACGUGCGGUGCCUCGAGUGCUCCGUGUGUCGCACAUCGCUGAGGCAGCAGAAUAGCUGCUACAUCAAGAACAAGGAAAUCUACUGCAAGAUGGACUACUUCAGCCGAUUUGGAACCAAGUGCGCCCGAUGUGGCAGACAAAUCUAUGCCAGUGACUGGGUGCGGCGGGCGCGCGGCAAUGCCUACCACCUGGCCUGCUUCGCCUGCUUCUCCUGCAAGCGUCAGCUGUCCACCGGGGAGGAAUUCGGCCUGGUUGAGGAGAAGGUGCUUUGCCGCAUCCAUUACGACACCAUGAUCGAGAACCUCAAGAGGGCCGCGGAGAAUGGGAACGGUCUCACGUUGGAGGGGGCAGUGCCCUCGGAACAGGACAGUCAGCCCAAGCCGGCCAAGCGCGCGCGGACGUCUUUCACCGCAGAGCAAUUGCAGGUUAUGCAGGCUCAGUUCGCGCAGGACAACAACCCCGACGCGCAGACGCUGCAGAAGCUGGCGGACAUGACGGGCCUCAGCCGCAGGGUCAUCCAGGUGUGGUUUCAGAACUGCCGAGCGCGUCAUAAAAAGCAUACACCGCAGCACCCGGUGCCGCCCUCAGGGGCGCCCCCAUCCCGCCUCCCCUCCGCCCUGUCCGACGACAUCCACUACUCUCCGUUCAGCAGCCCCGAAAGGGCGCGAAUGGUCACCCUGCACGGCUACAUCGAGAGUCAGGUACAGUGCGGGCAGGUGCACUGUCGACUGCCUUACACCGCGCCCCCUGUCCACCUCAAAGCCGAUAUGGAUGGGCCGCUCUCCAACCGGGGUGAGAAGGUCAUCCUUUUUCAGUAUUAACGCUACCGGCACUUGCGCAUCUGUCCAUGGGCACCGCACAGCUGCCCCUCAGCCGCUGAGAUCAGCAUCCAGCUGUGGCCAGGGAUCCACCUCUGCAUACACUCUCACCCACUGCCAUCCUACCCUCUGCCAGUGGUCACCCCAGCCCAGGCCCGGUCUUUCCCUCCCCUGCCAAGAACCAGAACCCACCAGGAGCAGCAGAGACCCUCUCUGAGAAGGCAGGUUCCCAGAAAUGUGGCAUCAGCAUGAAAACAAGCAGCCUGCCCUUCCUCAUCAAACAGGAAUCAUCGCUAACGUCAACUGAUCACAGCAGCAAUGGCAAACUGAGUCGCGAGUCACCAACAGUCUCCUACUUCACAGGUUUUCUUUACCCCACAUUGGCCUUUAUUUACUACUUUCUUAGAACCAUCUCUGAAUUCUGAAUAGCCAACAACCCCCAACGUUAUAUACUCUGUUGCUUUUGUCUGGAAAACUCUACAGUGUUUGUGGGAUGUCCCCAAAGAAAAGCUAUGUUCUAAUUUUAUCAUUUCCAUCUGUCUGGUUAUGUCAAGUUAACUCAGAAAAAGAAGAGAUCCUGACCAACCCUGAGAGGCCCAGUAGGGCGGAGAUGGAGGCCUGCCCAGAUGAAGAGGCAGAGGGGCAGGCAGGGGUAGAUGCCAGAGAACACCCCCCAUUGGCAUGGAGGAGUGGGACUGGGUACACUGGACUUGGUGGGGUGCUAACCGUUUCAGCUACCCAGCAGGAGUCAAGGCAAGGAUGUGUACCAUCUGCAUAGUGACACUGCUGAAUGUUUGGGUGGGCUGGCAUCAGGGACCCUUGUAGACCACUUCUCAGUCCUGAGAGGAGGGCCUG